UGAUCUGAUGCACUGCCAACACUGACAAUUACUCAGCCGGGCCCUUUUCGACCGUGUAGCUAGGUAGUUGCAUUAUCCCCUUUUUCCAGAGGCGGGAUUAGGCAGCCAGGUAAGGGACUCGCCCAAGGUCUCCCAGCUAGUAAGAGCAGGGGCUGAAAUUGGAGCCCCGGCAGGCUGACUCCAGGGCCGGCCGCUGUAAGGUGGGUGCUGGGAGGUGAGAAAGGGCAGGGCGGUUGUUAUCGAGGCGCCCGGCGGGAGUGGAGGGACGCCUUUGAGGGCUGGGCCCCGCUAUGGCGACCCCGUGCCAUAAAGCGUGUUGACCGCCGCGGCUUGAGCUCUGGCUGCUUCCCUCGACACGCCGGCCCCGCCUUCCGCCGCCACACUUCCGGUGGGGCCGCGGCCGCGGAGGGGCGCGGGCGGGCGGCCGCUGGGGGUGGCGGGAUAGGCUGGGCGCGGCCGGCGGUGCGGGCGGGCGCGGGUUGCGGGCCGGCUGCUGUUGUCCAGGUCUCUGCGCCCCCCGAGGGCCCUCCGUCCCGCCGGCGCCAUGGGCAAUUGCCACACGGUGGGGCCCAACGAGGCGCUGGUGGUUUCAGGGGGCUGUUGCGGUUCUGACUAUAAACAGUAUGUGUUUGGCGGCUGGGCCUGGGCCUGGUGGUGUAUCUCCGACACUCAGAGGAUUUCCCUAGAGAUUAUGACGUUGCAGCCCCGCUGCGAGGACGUAGAGACGGCCGAGGGGGUAGCUUUAACUGUGACGGGUGUCGCCCAGGUGAAGAUCAUGACCGAGAAGGAGCUCCUGGCCGUGGCCUGCGAGCAGUUCCUGGGCAAGAGUGUGCAGGACAUCAAGAAUGUCGUCCUGCAGACCCUGGAGGGGCACCUGCGCUCCAUCCUCGGGACCCUGACAGUGGAGCAGAUCUAUCAGGAUCGGGACCAGUUUGCCAAGCUGGUGCGGGAGGUGGCAGCCCCCGACGUCGGCCGCAUGGGCAUCGAGAUCCUCAGCUUCACCAUCAAGGACGUGUAUGACAAAGUGGACUAUCUGAGCUCCCUGGGCAAGACGCAGACCGCUGUGGUACAGAGAGAUGCCGACAUCGGAGUGGCCGAGGCUGAGAGGGAUGCAGGCAUCCGGGAAGCCGAGUGCAAGAAGGAGAUGCUGGACGUGAAGUUCAUGGCAGACACCAAGAUCGCCGACUCCAAGCGAGCCUUCGAGCUGCAAAAGUCAGCCUUCAGCGAGGAGGUCAACAUCAAGACGGCUGAGGCCCAGCUAGCUUACGAGCUACAAGGGGCCCGUGAGCAGCAGAAGAUCCGGCAGGAAGAGAUUGAGAUUGAGGUCGUGCAGCGCAAGAAGCAGAUUGCAGUGGAGGCGCAGGAGAUCCUGCGCACAGACAAGGAGCUCAUAGCCACAGUGCGCUGCCCCGCCGAGGCCGAGGCCCACCGCAUACAGCAGAUCGCCGAGGGCGAGAAGGUGAAGCAGGUCCUCUUGGCACAGGCAGAGGCUGAGAAGAUCCGCAGAAUCGGGGAGGCGGAGGCAGCAGUCAUCGAGGCGAUGGGCAAGGCGGAGGCUGAGCGGAUGAAACUCAAGGCUGAGGCCUACCAGAAAUACGGGGACGCAGCCAAGAUGGCCUUGGUGCUGGAGGCCCUGCCCCGGAUUGCUGCCAAAAUCUCCGCCCCCCUGACCAAAGUCGAUGAGAUUGUGGUCCUCAGUGGGGACAACAGCAAGGUGACCUCAGAGGUGAACCGACUGCUGGCCGAGCUGCCUGCCUCUGUGCACGCCCUCACGGGCGUGGACCUGUCUAAGAUACCGCUGAUCAAGAAGGCCACCGGUGCACAGGUGUGAGGUCCCGAAGGCUCACACCGUUCAGCAGCCACCGCCCCCUCUUCAGCACCCGUUUUAGUACCACAGGGACAACGGGAACGUUACUGACUCUGGUGCCUUAUUUUGUAGGGACCAGGAGUGCUGCGUGUUCAGGCCUCUGGCUGUCUUCCCUUCUCCCCUGUCUCUGUCUAUCUACAUCCUCUUCUCCUCUACCCCACACCCUCAUUUUCACUGCCACAUUUGUCUGGUUUGUCUCUUCCGCCCUUAUCUUCCUGUACGUUUCUUCCUUUGUCUGUUUGUCUUUUUCUCUCCCCUCUCCUCCCAUCCUCUACACACAUCAUGUAGUUUAGGCUGAAGAUGUUGAGUAUAGUCAUUGUCUGUCUGUUGGGGGGUGGCCCUGCUGCUCCUCAGAAUCCUGGUGCCUUGAAGUUUUCUGUGCAUCUGUCCAUCCCCGCUGUGGCCCCAGCCAGAGCUUCAGCAUGGGUGCAGGGAUUCUGGGUAGGACGGCCACCCUGCCCUCUCCUGGCCUGGUCCCCGCCCCCAGGAAGCCCCCAGCCUCGCACACUCUGGCCCUUCUCGGCCCAGGUUAUCUGUGGCUGCAGGCCCAGGGCCAGCACCAUUCACUAACCCCGUGCCCAGCCCCAGGCCUGCUCUCAUACCUUACCUCUUUCUCCCCCGCCCAGGGGCACGGAGGGAAGGCCUCCUGUGUAGAGCAGCUCCCUCAGUUUACUACUGCCUUAGGAGGCCCCUGCUUGUGCUCAGGGAAGUCCCCUUCAUGGACAUGUCCCUACUAGGUGGAGCGGGGCUUGGUCCCAACUCUGCUAAGCCCUUCUGGGAUCAGGAUCUAGCCCUUCUGGAGACUAGAAAGUGUAGAGACCCUCUUCCUACCAGGGCUGUACUGUCCUGGGUGUCGGGCUGGGCCCUUCCAGUGGGCAAAGCUAUGGUACCCUAUACAGAAUCCAGUGCUGUAGACUGGCCAGACUCCACACCCCUUGUGCCAGCUUCCUUCCUGGCCAGAGUGACUAGGUUCCAGCCAUGGGGAAGCAGCCCAGUCCUCUGUGUCCUUGCUCCAGUGGAGGCAGAAGAGCCCAGGACCCAAGCAUCCUGUGGUCCCAGUCCCCCACCCCUUGCCCUGCCCCAGCCUGUGUAGCCGUUCCUGCAUGUGGAUGCUGCAUGUGUGGUCUGGGGCUUGGAUGCUGCACUGCCCCGCUGCCCGUCCCUUCUGGUGAAAUAAAGAUCUGGUU